CACAGACUUCGUCCGUCAUGAACAGGACAUCAACUGUUCUCACCGUCGCCGCCGUCUCUGCGGCAGGCAUUCUCGCCUACGCAGCUUACUUCGACUACAAGCGGAGGAAUGACGCGGCUUUCCGCAAGAAACUUCGCAAGGAGAAGAAGAAGAUCAGUAAGACGGUAGCGCAGUCUGCCGAUUUAUCAAAACCUGUUGGUGGCUCCAUCGAGGAAGCGGACAUUCAAGCUGUUCUGGAGAAGAUUCAGAAGGAGGCCUUGCCUUCGGCGCCUGAGGAGAAGGAAGCUUUCUUCAUGAAUCAAGUGAAUCUGGGCGAGCAGAUGUGUCUGCAAGGUCCCGAAUACUACCUGCCAGCGGCCAUGUGUUUUUACCGUGCACUGCGUGUGUAUCCCUCCCCAGUCGAACUCAUUGUCAUCUACGAGAAAACGAUGCCUGAACCGGUCUUCAAGCUCGUCGUGGCAAUGACUAAUCUCGACGUGAAAAAUCGUAUCGCAGGCUAUUAUGACCACUUCCCUCCAAAGUCAAUGCACGUCAUGACGAAAUUCGUCCAAGUGCCUGAUGGCAAUGGCGCAAUUGUGAGCAAGAGAAUUCUUGUAGUAAACAAGGACUUUAGGGCUGGCGAUAUUAUAUACAAGGAACAACCUCUGGUCACGGUCUUGGAUGCGGAUCUGGAAGGAAAGGGGGAAUAUUGUUCCCACUGCCUUCGUCACAUCAACAAGGGUUUGGCCAUCCGACCUGAAAAGGACUUGCUUGAGUCGGCAUACUGCUCGAAGGAGUGCCAGGUCAACUCCAAAGUCCAGUCGCAUAAUCUUCUCUUCGGUUCAGAUCCAUCUCUCCCUCCGGAACUGAUUCAAGGUCAGACUCUGGAAGUCCUGGCGGAACGACGUCAAUCUCAAGAAGCCUUCGUUGGCUAUAUUAAGGGAUCGGAGUAUUCUUCUCCUCUGCUCGUCGCUCGGUUCAUUGCGCGCCAGGUCGGAGACGAAAUUGCGAAGAUGGUCCCCAAAGAGGCUGAAGCUAGCACCUCGAAUGAUUCAGAAUACUCGCUCUACGAUCAUAUGGAGAGACUUCGUUACCUUGAAGCUGAGGUCGCCUCUGAUGAGACUAAGUUGCUUGCGAAGCUUUUCCAGACCAUUUUACCCGGAUUGGAGCAGUUUAUCACGGACGAAAGGCAUGCGACGCUCAAGGGCAAGAUGCUGUAUAACGCUUACGGUAUAGCAUAUUCCGGUGGUCGUGAUGAUAAGCCUGACCCAAAGGUGAGGCCCGAGGAUGUCGAGAAGACCAGAACGCCGUAUGGGACCCAGCGACAAAUUGGCCGUGGCUUGUAUCCCGUUUCUGCCUAUAUCGCGCACUCGUGCGAGCCAACCACUCGCCCGUCGUUCAGCAGUGGCACUGCAGAGUUGCAUAUCGUUGCAAAUCGUGAUCUGAAGGAGGGUGAUGAGGUCACUGUUGCCUACGUCGACGUCACCCAACGCGAGGACGAGGACAUUGCCCAGGCUAGACGGCGCCGUCGUAUGGAGCUCGCUCGUGGCUGGCGCUUCGCUUGCUCGUGCGGUCGCUGUGUCCGAGAAGGCCUCGGACAGGCCGCUGUAGAAGACGAUGUUUCUGUACAAGGCGACGGCUCCAAGGUUGAGGACACCGUCAGGCGAGCAGAGGAGCGCGAUGCUGCGGGUUCUAAUUCUUCGACUGAUCCUGAGUCGCAUGUUGAUUAGGCCCCCUUCUUGCUCUCACUCUAUCUCACUCUCCACUUACCCGAUGAUGCUAUUUGAUAUAUGACGCCGAGUCAUCCUCGCAAUCAUGCAUUUGGGGUACUUUCCGCGAAUCACACUGUUGAGUUUUACCACUGUCUGUUUUCUUGCAAGCAUACUCGUACAAAUAAGGAGUCUAUUUCGUCCAAAAUAAUCUUCAUU